UUCAAAUUAAAGGAAAAUAUUUUGUUAAAAUUUUGAAAAUAUUUUUUCCCUAAAGUUUAUUGAAAAUAAACGUUCUAGACCUAGAUUAUCGCGUUGAAUUGAUAUUUAAGCUCAAACUCGUGACAUAUGCAUAUGCUCGUAUGAAGCCUUGGAGACACUCAUUUUGAUUGCAAGUAUGUUACGUCGCAUCAAGUCAUGUCACUUUGGACUUGUCACAUAAAUAUAGAAAUCGACAGUGACAACAAUUAUGGAUCAGUAUACUAUACUAGGCAGGGUGGGUGAAGGAGCGCAUGGAAUUGUUUUCAAAGCCAAACAUAUUGAGAGUGGGGCUCUGGUGGCACUGAAGAAAGUUCCCCUGAAGAAGCUUGAUGAUGGUAUACCUAGUGCAGCACUAAGGGAAAUCAAGGCACUGCAGGAGAUAGAAGACAACCCUUUUGUGGUAAAACUGAGGGAGGUCUUCCCCCAUGGUACUGGUUUUGUCCUGGUAUUUGAUUAUAUGCUUUCUGACCUUGCUGAAGUGAUACGUAACAUUGAACGGCCCCUGUCUGAGGCCCAGAUCAAAUCCUACAUGCAAAUGCUGUUAAAAGGUGUAGCUUAUUGUCAUGAAAACAAUAUCAUGCACAGAGAUUUAAAACCAGCUAACUUGUUGAUCAGUUCAAAGGGCCAUCUCAAGAUUGCUGACUUUGGUCUGGCUCGAGUUUUCCAGAAUGACACGGGUCGGCUUUACAGCCAUCAAGUAGCUACAAGGUGGUACAGAGCCCCAGAAUUGCUUUAUGGUGCAAGGAAAUAUGAUGAAGGCUGUGAUCUUUGGGCUGUUGGCUGUAUAUUUGGAGAAAUGCUGAACAGUUCCCCUUUAUUCCCAGGUGAGAAUGAUAUUGAGCAACUAUGUUGUGUAUUGCGCAUCUUGGGCACACCAAAUGAAAAGAUUUGGCCGGGAAUGUCAGAGCUACCAGACUACAACAAGAUCAGUUUCCCUGAGAACCCCCCUAUCCCAAUGGAAGAAGUGCUACCCGAUGCAUCUAAAGAAGCUUUAUCUCUAUUGAAAAAAUUCCUGGUCUACCCAUCGACAAAGAGGAUAUCAGCCAAAGAGGCCUUGUUGGAUCCAUACUUCUUCACAGAGCCACUGCCAGCCCAUCAUUCUGAGCUACCCAUACCACAAAGGAGUGGAAGGAAGAUGCGCCGAGUGCAACAAGCUUAUGAGUACAACAUUGAGGCCCCAUUAGAAGAGUCCUUAAUAGACCCAGACAUACUAGCACCUCAUGUCUUGAAGAAAUCAUGAGAAUAUGGAAAUAAGAUUGUGAACACAUUAAUUCUUUCUUAAAGCAUCUAUGGACUUAAAGGACUUGAAAAUUGCUUAAAGUUAGAAUCAGAGGUAUAGGAGUCCCUAAUAGACCCAGACAUACUAGCAUCCCAUGUCUUGAAGAAAUCAUGAGAAUAUGGAAAUAAGAUGAUGAACACAUUAAUUCUUUCUUAGAGCAUGUGUGGACUU